AAUUAUACGAGUAUCUUAUCGUAGUUUUAAUUAUCGAAAGAUAUCGAAACCAACCACACUAUACGAGGAAGAAGUGAUGAGCAAACAUUAAAUCUUAAAGCUUGGAAAACCCUCUCUUCCCUGUCCCUAAGAAUUGGGAGAGAGUAAUUUGGUCUAUAGCAACUCAAUUGAACCCAUCAAUCCGACACCAUGCAGGCCAGUGAUAGGUUUAACAUCAACUCUCAGCUCGAGCAUCUCCAAGCCAAAUAUGUUGGAACUGGUCAUGCCGAUAUGAACAGAUUUGAAUGGGCAGUGAACAUUCAGCGUGAUAGCUAUGCGUCAUACAUUGGCCACUACCCUUUACUGGCAUACUUUUCUAUUGCUGAAAAUGAAUCUAUUGGAAGGGAACGCUAUAGUUUUAUGCAGAAAAUGCUCCUGCCUUGUGGAUUACCUCCAGAAAGAGAAGAUGAUUAAUCACAAGUACAGUUUAUGUAGUAUUUGACAAUGUAUUGUGUUGUGUUUGUUAUCUGAUAGAGUAAACAGAUGGUUGUCCUUGAUUACAUAUUGUAGUGAUCUUUCUUUGGCUUGUGGAUGCUUAAGUAGUUGUUAUGGAGCUUGAAAAUUUUUCAAAAUAUGUUUAGUUUAUUGUUGGAUCUUAAUUUUGUCUGUGUUUCUUAAAUGGUGCCCUUUAGAUUGAACGAACCUUGUAUUCGCAACGGAUUUUAUGUAGUAAUUAUUUCCUUCGGAAAUUUUAAUAAUGACUUCCUUUUUUGAAA